GGGUUUAUUUGCCUGCCCUACAGCCACAUGUGCAGCCACAAUGUUGCAUCACGUUCUUACCGGAGAAUUGACCUUCACCUCUUUGACCCCGCCCGACCUCAGUCAGUGCUCUAAAAGCGACCUAUUGGCGUACUUCGAGAACAGCUAUAGUCUGAACGAGAGUCUAUUUACUGCCCUAAAAGAUGAGAGCGUGUUCUACAAGUGUCCGGACCGUCUCCGCCUGCCGCUCAUCUUCUACUACGGCCACACUGCCGUCGUCUUCGUCAACAAACUGGCGCUGGCCGGCCUGCUUAAGGGGCGGAUCAAUUUUGAAUUUGAAAAGAUGUUCGAAACAGGAGUGGACGAAAUGUCAUGGGACGACACAGAGAACUACAGGAUGGGCGGCUCCUAUAAGUGGCCGCGUGUCGGGGAGGUCGUCGAGUACCGCCGGAAGGUGCGCGAGGUUAUCCGCGAUAUUAUACGUGACACGCCUCUCGACCUGCCUAUCAACAUGAAAAGCCCCUGGUGGGCUCUUUUGAUGGGGUUUGAGCAUGAAAGAAUCCACCUGGAAACUUCUUCCGUUCUAAUUCGUCAAUUACCGAUUGGGUUAGUCAACAGACCUGACGGCUGGAAUUAUGCGCCAAAGCAAACGGAAUGCUUACCACAGACAAACCAGAUGUUGAGUGUCAACGGACAGGAAGUGACGUUCGGAAAGCCCACAGAUUUUCCGUCAUAUGGUUGGGACAAUGAAUAUGGUCACGUGACUUGCUACGUGCCCGCGUUCGAGGCCUCAAAGUUCCUGGUGACUAAUGGCGACUUCCUGGACUUCAUACGGGCUGGCGGUUACAGCCGCCCGGAGCUCUGGACGGACGAGGGUUGGCACUGGAGGAGCUUCCGGGAGUCUAAACAUCCUAUGUUCUGGGUGUGCAACAGUGGCUGUAAGAGUGGCUGUGGGACGGAUCUGGCUGCAUACAGCCACUGUAGUCUUCCAGAGGGCGGCGUGGGCGAGACAGCGACAGACGCCAAUUACAACAUAACUUUUAAAUGUGACAUAACAUUAAUAUUGCUAAAGGAGAACCCACAAGCCGGAACCAAGACUGACCAUGUCUUCACAGCUGGUUCUAAGCCAUACAACUACAACAUGAAGUUCGGCUCAUCCACACCCGUGGAUUUGUUCCCGGCUAACGAGCUUGGGUUUCACGACGUGUUUGGCAACGUCUGGCAGUGGACCGAGGACCAUUUUAACGGUCUUUGCAAUGAUACGCACUGGCUAUACGAUGACUUUACCACACCAUGCUACGACGGCAGACACAACAUAAUUCUGGGCGGAUCGUGGAUCAGCACCGGCGACGAAGCCUCUAGAUUUGCGCGCUUCGCGUUCAGGCGUCACUUCCUGCAGCAUGCCGGCUUCCGGUUGGCGCGCACAGCGGAGACCGCGGGACAGAUUCAGUUGCCUACAAGAAUCGUGGACACGCCAGUGUACGUGCUCGGCGUCGGGGAAAAAUCGCUUUGUUUCCCACAAGACAAGCUACUGCGGACACUAGUACUGUCGACAAACAUUCACUACCAUUUUGAGUCGGCAAAUGCGUUAAAAGGGAUUAUCGAACUGGAAUUUGGAUAUCGAAAAUCAUUUCCGGUGCAGGUAGCUGACCUCUGUCGAGAUCUUGUAAAGAAUAACGGCAUCGCCCCAAGGUCCGGUCUGUGGAUUGGCGCGGGUUCGGGCCGGGGGCCUCUCAUAAUGAGCAAGUCAUUCAAUCAGGUACUUGCGUGUGACGUUGUUGCUCGCUUCUUGGAGACCGCCAUGUACAUCCAGAAAGGAAAUGACGUCACGGUGAUUGGUGCGGACGGCAAAGUGACGACAGCAGCCCUUGACAAGGGAAUGAAGCCUGACAAAGUUUUGUUUAAACAGUUCACGUGGUUGCCAAACGAAAUCGGAGUGGAGUUUGACCUUACAGUACUGACCUUCCUUGAAAGGACACAGCAACCAAAGGCCUGGCUGCUGCGCCUCGCGGAAGUGACGCAGAAAGGCGGCCUAGUAGUCGUGGCCUCUAAGAGCGGGCGCUGGAACGCCGAGACGCUAGGGAUGACGCUGAUCCAGAAAGGUUUAUCAUGCAUCGAAACCGCACAAGUUCCAUUUGAGGAGGGUUCCAAAACCGAGCUAGCCACCGUCACUGUCUGGAAACAUGGCCAGGAGUGAAGUGCACAAGCGAAGGGUGGACUGGAAUUCACGUUAUGCCGUAGAUAAAAGUUUACGUACGCUAUGUGUUAAAUUAUGUCAUUGUUUUUAUUCAAUAGAUAUCACAAAAUAGCAUAAUUUAUUGCAUGUUUACUUAUUGCGUGUGAAGGUUGUAUGUUUGCGAUAACGACGUU